AUGGAACGACGUUUCGAAACUUUAAGAAAAAUGAUCCAACAACUUGUGGACCAGAUGGAAACUGAUGAAGAGCUGGAGACUGAACUUGCAAUGCCUAUCAAAGCCGCUGGAGAAACCUGGAGUGAAAAACUAAGUAACGUGUAUAGCGACAUCGAAGACCUGAACCCAAGGAUCCUAUCGACAGCUGAGGUAUUGGAGACCUAUUAUAAAGUAGGAAGCUUGCUGUUUGAAAAGGGUUGGGAUGACAAAGCACAAAGGAAGCUAGUCGAUUCAACAUAUAUCGAUUUCGGUGCUAGAACGAAUGUUGGAGGGAGAUUUCUCUGGAGCGAUGUUGGCGAAAGCAGGAAGGUUGAGAGAGGAGGAAAUUCGGAGAAUGGUGAUGAGUUCGCGGGAGCUCACUCUUUGAGCUGA